UGUAAAGCCAAGUGGCCCCAAGCGAAGAAGCCAGGUCUCUCCUGGUGCCUGAGAGGGAGCUCCUUAAACACCUCCGGCUCUGAAAAGCUCUGCUGGAGGGUACUGGUCCGAACCCCCAGUUCCUUCCAAUCAGUAGACGCCAGGCACCCGUUUGUGCCUGAGGACCCAGUGAUGCCAUUGCAAUUCUUACAAAAACUGAAAGUGAAAUGAGGAAGACUGAUUGAGCAAUCGGAUAGAAGGGCGAAUGCCAGGAAGACCUAGCGUACAGUAGGGGCAGAGAUGCAGCGGGGCAGAGGGGAGAAAAUUCAGGAGAACUCUCCUGAGGGCGAGCGCCGGGCUGGGCCGGGCAGUCAGUGCAGGACAUCAACAAACACAGAUAACAGGAAAUGAUCCAUCCUCUGUGGUCACUGAUUCUAAGGGCCCGAACCUUCAAAGUUCUAGGAGGGAAAUGGAUGACUCCACGGGGGAGCAGUCACGCCUUUCUUGCCUUAGCACGAGAGAAGAAAUGAAACUGAAGGAGACGGUCCCCAUCCUCCCCCAGAAGGAAAGCCCCUCUGUCCGCAUCUCCAAAGAUGGGAAGCUGCUGGUCGUGACCCUGCUGCUGGCCCUGCUGUCCUGCUGCCUCACGGUGCUGUCUUUCUGCCGGGUGGCCUCCCUGCAAGCGGAGCUGGGGAGCCUCCGGGCGGAGCUGCGGGAGCACCGGGCGGAGGGGCUGCCGGGCGCCCCCCAGGCGGGAGCCGCAGCCCCCAGGGCCGCCCCUCCGGCCCUGAAAGGGAUCUUUGCACCACCAGCUCCAAGGGAGAGCAGCUCCAUUCAAAGCAACAGGAGUAAGCGCGCCGCGCAGGAUGCGGAGGAAACAGUCACUCAGGACUGCUUGCAAUUGAUUGCAGACAGUGACAUGCCUACUAUACGAAAAGGAGCUUAUACAUUUGUUCCAUGGCUUCUCAGCUUUAAAAGAGGAAGAGCCCUAGAAGAAAAAGAAAAUAAAAUCGUGGUCAAAGAAACGGGUUACUUUUUUAUAUAUGGUCAGGUUUUAUACACCGAUAACACCUUUGCCAUGGGGCAUCUCAUACAGAGGAAGAAAGUCCAUGUCUUUGGGGACGAACUGAGUCUGGUGACUUUGUUCCGAUGUAUUCAAAAUAUGCCUGAAACACUACCCAAUAAUUCCUGUUAUUCAGCUGGCAUUGCAAAGCUGGAGGAAGGAGAUGAACUCCAACUGGCAAUACCACGUGAAGAUGCUAAAAUAUCACGGGAUGGAGACGGCACAUUUUUUGGUGCAUUGAAACUUCUGUGACCUACUUACACCUUGUUUGUGGCUCUUGCCCUCCCUCCCUCUGUACCUCUAAAGAGAAAACACUUAACUGGAAAUACCAAAAGGGGAAAAAAAAGUAGUUACCAUAGCCUUUUCUGUGAGCUGUUUGUUUUGGUUUGCUGAAACUAGACCAAAACAGGAAAUUUAACAGACAACCACAGCCAAAGGGUAUCAUGUGAAUUACAAGAAAUAGAGUCCAUUUAAGAAAAAAUAGAAUUAGAAAGACUUUUCACUGUAAUGCCAUGUUGAACAGCUUAGUCAUAGCUUCUUGUCUUGGAGGAAGCACAGGACUGAAAGAGGCAGUGGUCAUUUCUUCAAGAGUGGUCUUCCACUGUUUCCCGCGGGACAGGGUUCAUGCCUGCAGGACAUGAAGACAUUCUGGAGAAAUCUCAGGAUUCAUCCUCUUUUUUACGUAAAAUACCACUUCUUUUUCAGUUAAUAUUGAGGAAACUAAAAAGAAAAAUUGCAUACAACCUUGCAUUCCAGACGCGAAAAAUGAACUGAAAGCUUCAACUUAAACACGGUCUUAGGGUGGACUGGGGGGUUGGGGCUCAGAGAUGCAAACCGUUGCAUGUGGAGUGGGCGAGCAGUGACGUCCUGCUGCGCAGCACAGGGAGCUGUAGCCAGUCGCUUAUGAUGGAACAUCGUGGAGGAUGUUAUGGGGAAAAGAAUGUGUAUAUAUACAUAUAUGUGUGUAUGACUGGGUCGCUUUGCUGUACAGGAGAAAUUGAUAGAACAGUGUAAAUCAACUGUAGUAAAAUUUUUUAAAAAAAUAAAUAUCAUAUUAGACAACUGGACUCAAAAAUAGGUUAUCAGUACCAUUUAAGCCUUUUCGGUUUAUUUCAUGUUUGCGACUUUUGGCUCUAAUAUUCUGUGUUACCUGAUGGGCCAUCCCCAGACAUCUCCCCCAGGAGGGAAAUGAUUCUGUCGUGUGUCUUCCCUUCUGUGUAUUUUUUUUUUUUAUUGCUGAUUUCAGUUACUUCAGAAACUUUUCAUGUAGGGUAAUUCCAAUUCAGGCCUAGAAGCAUUAAAUGAAAAAAAAAAACUGCGAUUAUUCUUACAUAAAAAUAAAAACUGCAGUAGAAGUUAGUAAAUACAUCUGUUUGUCCCUUCAUUUUCUGUCCUUCCGUUUGAAAACAGCUGCUAGUGUAGGUCACAUAUCCCAGCCUCUAAAAAAUCCUCAUGUUAUUAGCUUUACAGAAGUUUUGAUUUAAUGAAAGUUUCUGGCAUCUUGGGUAUGUUACAUGCCACAUGCUUCUUAUAAAGAUUACCACACGCCGGAAGACAGAAUCCUAAUUUUCACUUCCUAAAGAGUCGGAUAUGAGAAUGCUUAUAAUGUUUCUCUUGUUUUGCUUGUCUUUUUUUUUUUUUAAUGUCAUCAGUUUAAAGAGUUUACUUCAUUAAACCGUUUACUUCAUUCGUUUUCACAGCAGAUGAAAAAACAGACCCUGGUUUAUGCUAGUUUUUCCCAGUUUCCACUAAAAUAUUUUUAAAGGUGAUUUUCUUUUCAAAACAAAGAACAUUGUUUGUAUUUUGUGUCUAUCAUGAAACUUUAAUAAGACUCUGAUUUCUAUCGUUUUGGCUUUGGGGCUAAAGUAAAAUACACUUUGCAAUUUAUUUUGUUUUACAAUAUUAUAAUAAAACAAGAAGGGAUAGUGGAGUUGAAAUUUUGAGACCAGAAGGAAGUGAGAGAAUUUCUCAGUAUUGCUGCUAACUUGGAUUGCCAAAUAAAAAAAUGUCAGUGGCUUUUG